UUCUCCACCCUGAGGAAAAGUGGGCUGUUCCAGUGAGGACCACACGCACGCGUACCACCGGAUAGUAAACAUGUCGUGAUUUACUUUAAACCACCGCGGCCGGCCGGCAGAUGUAGACGAAGGUAACGUUUCCAUCUUUGUUAGAACACCUGGCUCGCGACCACAGCACCGCACCGCAUCGUCACCGUCAUCCCCGAGCAGGGUGACAUAACAUCGGCUGGAGCCGGGGGACACGUCUUGUCACCAGCGAGCCGCCGUCUCUCCACCAGGGUUCACCACCUCCAGGUAGCUAAAGCGGCAACAUAGAUAUGUAUAUAAACAGUGUUUAUUUACAUAUUUAUGAGCAGCAACGCCUCCUCUGGAGUUCCGCGGAUUAAAGGUUAUGGGGCCGAACGUGCUGUGGUUCGUGUUUUCCACCCUGCUUGGCUUCGUCCUGAGCUCCUUCAGCGAUCGCCUCCUAAAUGUCACCCGGCGCUACAAUUACUGUGUGCUCGGAGCUGGACCUGCGGGUCUGCAGAUGGGCUAUUUCCUCUCCAAGGCCAGAAGAGAUUACGUCAUCUUGGAGAGGAACGCGGGUCCAGGCAGUUUCUUCAACACCUAUCCCAGACACAGGAAGCUAAUCAGCAUUAACAAGAUCCACACGGGAAGGCAGAACCGGGAGUUCAACCUGCGUCAUGACUGGAACUCUCUGCUGAGCCAUAAACCGGAUCUGCUGUUCAGGAGGGUGAGCGGCGACUUUUACCCGCCAGCUGAUGUCUACCCUCUUUACCUGUCCAUGUUCGCUAAAGAGCUCGGGCUGAAGGUUCGUUAUGGGGUAGACGUCGGACGGAUCAGGUCGGUGCAGUCAGCCGCAGGAAGGAGCUACAGCCUCACUGAUCAACACAGCACUGACUACACAUGCAGCGUCCUCUUGGUUGCGACGGGUUUGUGGGUUCCUCAGAAGGUGGAGUUCGUUGGCUCCGAUCUGGUUGAGGGCUAUGAGUCCAUCUCCACUAACCCUGAGGACUACAGGGAUCAGGCUGUGCUCAUUUUGGGGAAGGGCAACUCUGCUUUUGAAACCGCUCAGAGCAUCUUGGGCAAGGCGAGUCGGGUCCACAUGCUCAGCUCCAGUCCUGUUCGCCUGGCCUGGCAGACCCACUACGUCGGAGAUCUCAGAGCGGUGAAUAAUGAGCUUUUAGACACGUAUCAGCUGAAGUCCCUCGAUGGACUGGCAGAGACGCGGCUGGAGAAGAUAGCUGUUGCUCAACAGAAGGAGCGAGGGAGGAGGAGACAGAAGCACCAGUUGUAUCUGACUUUAAGGAAGUACCUGUUAAACAGGACUGAGAGGAACAGCUCCGAAGUGACACGAGAAGAACUGGCAGGGCACCACAUCGACAACUUCCCCACUCGGAAGCCCUACGACCGCGUGAUUCGGUGCCUUGGAUUCCGGUUCAACUUCAGCAUCUUUGACGGGUCGGCUCGCCCUCCGAACAGCAAAAAUGCGAAGGGCCGGUUGCCAGGGGUGACAGCCUGGUACGAGGGGAAGAAAACUCCGGGUUUGUUUGUCUUGGGAACAGCUUCUCACUCCAGAGAUUACCGCUCGUCUGCUGGCGGCUUCAUCCACGGCUUCCGUUACACAGCCCGAGCCGUGCAUCGUGUUCUUGAACACCGUUACCAUGCCAACCCAUGGCCAUCAACCAAACUCUUGACAACACAGUUGCUGUCGUGGAUUCUGAAGCGGGUGGGCGAGGCCUCAGGACCGUACCAAAUGUUCGAGGUGCUCGGGGACGUUAUUCUUCUUCGAGGCUCUCACGUUGAGUAUGUAGAGGAGUUUCUCCUCCAGGCCUUGCCCCAGUUCUCCUCCCUUUCAGGCCACGAGGUCACCAGCCACGGACUGAUGGUGGUGGUCAUGCAGUACGGGAAGAAGAAGAUCGACUAUCUUGGGCGUGACCGAGCCGAAACAGACUGGACCAGAGCUUGGAGGUCCAACUUUCUUCAUCCUGUGUUGUAUUUCUACGAAGCCCUUCCUACUGAGGAAGAAAUGAAGCUGCGUCCCCCUGGUUGGCCGCUACCCAGGCCCAAGGCCAUUCAUCACAUGGUUGAAGACUUCCUCACCGAGUGGGAUGGACCCUUGUCUCACAUCCAGCCUCUGAGACGUUUCCUGGAGCAUUGUCUUCAGACUGAUCUCAGAGCCUUUUAUGCAGAUUCGUGCUUCCUCUCAGCCCUCACGCACCGCAAGCAGCCGCUGUUCUGUCAGCAGGGAUACUUGGACGGGGGAGGCGUUCCUCUCAGCAGGCGGCUUCAGGAGCAGGAUUACAAGGCUGGCCUGAAUCCAGCUAAGCAGGACGGUGCUGGCACACCAGGAGCUAACUCUGCGUUUCCACACUACCUGACUCCAGCCGGAGCAUCCGUGUCUUCCGGACUGAAACUUGACCUCUGAUAGUUUGACCUGUUAGUUAUGUGAUGCUGCUCAAGACUCCCAAAACUGCUACCUCCAUCACUCCAAGCUGCUUGGAAAGAAAAGAAUGUCCCACGGAUCAGCAGUUCCCAGGUUUAACCUGUGAUUUUGUACAGACCAGCAUCUGUUAACUGCUUGGAUAUUUCAACCAGUGACUUAAUUCUGUUUAUUUUUGUGGCUCGGAAAGGCGUUUGACUCGCUUGACAUCUGAAAAUUCAGGGAAAAAACAUUCCACACAGUUGGUCUUUCCUUGUCUGUUCGUUUUUCCUCUUGGCUCUCAGCCUCGUGUUAAAGCCUGCUUGCUGGAAACAACUACUCCUCAGUGGAAAAGCACUUUGUUCUUAAAGUUUCUUUAUUCUUCAGAUAUUUGUAUGGACAGCAUUGUUAUAUGUCGGUUGAGGCUGGGUUUUUUAAUAAAGUACUACUCAUUA